CCAUUCUUCGCCGGAUCCAGGCUCCAGUUUCCACGGGCGUCGCGACGACCGAGGCCCGCCUUCCGGGACGGUGAUCGUUCAACCGAAGUCAUCACCCGAUAUUUAUCGCGGACGUACUCGCCGGCGAGCUCGAGUGGCGAGAUGACAAGAUCGAAAUGAGUAAUUCACUCGACACUACCUCAAUGGAGACUUCGUACUCCGAGUCCACAAAUUGUCUAAAAGUGUCCCUGCCGAAUGUGGCACGCCAGGACUCGGGUGUACCGGAAGAUCUCGCUUCACCUAUCAACGAUGAGGCGCGGCCUCUCAGUGGAGAGGAGGAUUUGGACCUUACCACGAACAGCGAAUGCAACAUCACCGUCAUCCACAUCACUGAGUCGGAAAGCGCGAAGAACGAAAAAUCGUUGGCUGAAAAUAAAGACAGCAAGGAUGGCAGCGACAGUGGAGUCGAGGGCUGUGCCACGGAAGUGCCAAGGGUACGCAGCAGGAACAGCAUCGAUUACGCCAGUAGUUGCGGCGGUUUGGACGAGGCCUCUUGCGACUCUAGUCUCGUUAGCUGUUGCUCCGUGUACGAGGACCCAUGCGGAUCGACUCUGCCGGACGACGUUCGGCUGGGUGCGACCGGGGGCGAGGGCACGAGCGAGGGCGGCAGCGAGAGCUCGUCCAUUGCCGGCAGUGUGUCCGCGCGCACGAACCGCAUGAAUGUCAAGAGGACCGCGGCGACCCCCGGCGCGACCAAGAAGAAGACCUCGAGCGGCUCCGAGUCGCAGAAAAGCGUGCGAGCGAAACCAACAAGCACGACCGCGACUACGAACCUGGGUACGACUACGCCGCGGUCGAAGUCGCGCACAGCGACGCCCAGAAAUAUACUCUCCAAGGUACAAGGCACGAGCAGGGAGAGGGAGCGCGAUCGACCACGAUCGAGGGAGAAGUCGAUCGUUCGGGAAUCGAAUUCCUCGGAAACCACCAAGACGCCUGUCGGUAGUCGCGGCUCGGCGACGUACGGUUGCCGGUCCAACAGCACUGCAUCCAAUCUGAUACGCACUCCGACCUUGUCCUCCGCUGCGAGGACGAGGACGAGAGCGCUGCCAGAUUCGCUGCCAUCUGUGCUGACUACCGAGAUCAAUAAGGACCUUGCGCAACGUGGCGGAAGAAGCAUUAGGGGCGAGUCGAAAUCGAGGGGCGCGUCGAGCACGCGAGGAACGCGCACGCCGGCGUCCACGCCGUCCGAGGAGGCGAAAACGAAGCUACCAUCCUUGCCCGCGUCUCGCGUCCUCGGCGGAAAAACCGCCCCGCGCGUCGAUGGUAAAGCCGCUGGUCAGGAUAACAAGGCGCUGGAUACGUACGCGACGUUACCGCGCAGGAACAGAAGCAAGCUAACGAUCUCGAAAGCUGGCGAGAAGGCGGACAAGGUGACGAGAAGCAGAUCUGGAAGCCGAGACGCUAGUCUCGGCAGAACUAUCGAGAAGAGGAACCUUACUGGAAAAGAAUCCUCCGUUUAUAAAAGUCUGCCCCCGUAUCCUAGACAGAGAACUGUCGAAAAGACUCGAAUAUAUCACGAGACCAGUGCGCAGACGGGCUUGACCGGACAGGACAUUGAGAAUGCGAUGUCCGGACGACCGAGCACCAUCACCGGACCGGAAGUUAUCGAAAGGUUGCAUAAAGGUUGUCAAACGGAGGACGCGUGGGACGACGUGCAGGUUUUGCAAGAUAAGUUGAGGCGUUUGAACGAGGAGAGCGGCGGUCGGCGAGAGGAAAACGAGAGAUUGAAGCUUGAAUUGGUCGAAGUGAAGCGUCUCCUAGAAGAGGAACGAGCCGAUCACGCGUUCGCACGUCAAGAGCUCGAUAGAAACGCUCAGCGGGUACUGGCGAUGCUGGGCACGCCACAAUCGGAACACGCAGAGGGCAGCGACAGCUUCCUUGAGCUCGAGUGUCACAUACAAUCGUCGGGACAAGUCGUUGCUAAUCAACAGAUCGAAAUUGCUGAUCUGCAAUCGCUCUGUCGCAUGUUGAAUAGGGAUUUGGAUAAAAGUCUAGCUGCACAAAAAGCCUUGCUGCAGCAACAACAAGAAUUAGAGGCCGAGUCAGCAGAGAUGCAAGAUUUCCUUCAAGAAGAGAAAGCUACGUUGGCUGAGGCGCUCAAAGACACCGAAUCAGAGCUAAAGAAGAAGAAUGAAGCUUUAACUCAACGUGAGACGGAGUUGGAAAGACAAAUGGAGGAGUGUAAGCAUUUAGUGCGAAUCAGCGAACAAAGAAGGCAAGAAAAUUUAUCAAUGAGUAUGAAAUUGAAUGCGGUCGAACGAAGAAGUAGGGAACUUUUACUUGCCCAAGGUGCUGCCAUGUCUGGAGCAGCUGUUGCUCUUUCUGGACUCAGCACCAGAUUGGAGGGAUUAGUAGAUCAAUUAAUUUCAUCCUAUAAUAUCUCCAUAAAAGAUCUUGAAGAUGUCAUAUACCAUAACGAAGCGUACAGUAGAAGCAACAGUAGCGUGGAGUCUAGUCCAGUUAGCUCUAAGCAGAGCUUGAAGGAACGCUCGCCGAGUCCAAAAAGCGGAUCCUUCGUCUCCGUGGUGAUCAGUGCGAUUCGGAACGCCGCGACGCAUCCGUUCGCGGCGAGGAACAGUAUCGACAAAAAAUCCAAUUUAGAUUCGUCGAAACACCAAACUUACAAAGAAUUAAACAUGGAAUCGUCGUCCGACCUGCUCGAUUUCGAGACCGAACCGUGCUUGAUGAUGGAAAGCGUCCUCGAAGACGUUCCUCUGCCCGAUACGUAUUCGCACAAUAUGGUAUCGAGCAGCGAUUCGCUUCGCAGGGCAUUGAGUUUUCCCGAAACGACGGACGAGCACGGGGUGAGGAGGACGAAGCUCGGUGAUGACUGUACCAGCCUCACGAAUCUUACUCAGGCAAUUUUGCAUCGUCGCAAGGUGGAAGAUGAAGGUGACGACGAUUGCGAUUCCGUGAGCGAAUCUGACACUAACUACGGUCCUGUGCCUUUGACGGAUUAUUGCCCGGUGGAUCUCGUUGAUCAAGUGAUCGAAGUUGAUAAUCUCGUUACCAAACUCUUAAAAGUGCUGCGAAUCAUACAGCUCGAUAACGAUACGUGUAUACAGGAAUUGAAGGAGGAGAGGUGUAACUUGGAAACGAAAUUGGAAGCUACCAUGACGGAAUUGAACGAGCUUCGCAAAAUUGUCGAUAAUCUUCAUCAGUCGGAGGAAGUUCUGAGCAACGUGUCAGAUCGGCGACGUAGCGUCGUGGAAAAUUGCCGGAUCUUGCUCAAAGAGAUGUCAAAUGGAAUAAUUCCUCUGUAGGCGGGUAAGGGGGAAUUAAAAUUUCACGGGGCGGCACUUGCUAUUAAUGGCAGUCCCGACGAAGUAGACUGCGAAGAUCUCAAUGCGAACGAGGCGACUUCCGCGUAAUUGAUAUCCUAUUAGUUGUAUGCAUUUGCCUUAGUUGUGUUUGCGUGAGCGAUUUCAAAUCCUGAGAAAACAUGUCCAUGUCAAUUUUAACGGUUUAAAUUAUUACGUUUAAGCAUCGAUAAACGAGUUAGCGUCAAUCAUAAAAUUCCACCGAUUUUUCUAAUAUCCGAUGCGAACGAAUUUCCACGAAAGUUUUGACUACGUUUGUAUUUGAAUGGUAUACUUUCUUACUUUUUUUUUGUCGUAACCGAAUGUUUUUGUGCCCUUUAGAAUAAUUAAUGUCAAUUUUGAAUCGAGAGUGUAUAAAAUAAUUAUCAUGAUCAAAGAAUAAUCAAGUUUGAACAGAUACAGACGCGACGAAAGCAGUUUCGAAAGCAUGCAGUUGUACAUUUAAAUAAUUGUUUCAAGAAUAAAUAAUUUUAUUUGAAAAUGCAUUCAAUUGUCGACAAUUACUAUCAUACAAAAAAAGAUGUCAAAAGAGAGGAGGAUAUUUUUGUUAAUUUUGCAUUGUAUAUUCCAUGCGCAAUUUAUUGUCGUAACUUAAUUCAUUUCAAUUCGUAUAAAAAUUCUAAUAGCACUAUCCGCGUAAGAAAUAAUUAAGAAAUAAUAGAAUUGAAUUAAAUUUCAAAAUCUCGAGGUACACUUUUCAUUUUGAGAUGCACAGGGUACUGUACUUUUACAAAAAUGAGAAAAUUAGCAUUUAAUGGAAGAAGAACACAGUAAGAUAUUAACGUUUAAAAUAUGAAAACCGGAUAUCUUUUAUCAUGUCUUCGAUCGUACAACAGUUCUGUAUAAUAAUCAUGUGACAUCUAAGAGAACAGAUAGAGAAAUAUUUUGCAACAAGUCAUAGAUAUACAUAUACAUAAAAUGCACAUAAAAAGCUUUUUAAAUAAUAAAGACUAGAGAAAAUAAGACUAGAAGAGCGAUCUUACGCGAUUCUUACGUAAUCUUUUCUUCGUUAAUUAUUUAGGAAUACACGCUUACAUUUGUAGUAUUUUCGUUUGUCUAUGACAGAUUUCAAAAGAUAUUAACUGAGUUGCUCAGAGUGAAACCAAAGUGUCGAGAUAUAUUAUAAGCACUUAGAAUUGAGAGGUUUCCUUCAUCAUAGGCGAGGAUAGGGAAAAACGUGAAGGAUAUAAGCGUAGCUUUAAGCAUUUUUAUCGAGAUCGUUGUGAUGAUACAUCAAGAAGAAACACGUAUGUAUUUUAAUGUUUAAUUAAAUAAAUUUUCUUAUCGA